CGUGUGGUGCGCCAUGGCUCUGGGCUCGGCUUGGAAGCAGAUGUCGUGGCUGUACUACCAGUACCUGCUGGUCACCGCGCUCUACAUGCUGGAGCCCUGGGAGCGCACCGUCUUCAAUUCCAUGCUAGUUUCCAUUGUGGGAAUGGCACUGUACACGGGCUACGUGUUCAUGCCUCAGCACAUCAUGGCAAUAUUGCACUACUUUGAAAUCGUGCAGUGAUGAAGAACGUGUUUUCAAGAAGUGAUUUGGCUCUGAGGUCUGGUCUGCAAAGAAGAACGAACCUCUUAGUUUUAACGAGACUUCUGCUGAUGUCAGAAAGACACAAUUAUGACUCUCAAGACAAGAAACAAGCUAUGUAGUGCAGGGACGUGAGGUGUUCCCUAUGUUGUGUUCAUUCCUUUUAAUUUUACAAGAUACGCCCUUGUAUAGUAGUUUUGUCUACUUUAACAUUGUGAUUGUUCUUUGAUAUCAGUAUUUUCUUAACUUUGUGACAGUUUCAAUAUUGCACUGUGAAAGCUUUUCUUAAUUGUAAUUUCGAGUGAAUCUUAAUUGCCUUCUAUUUUUAAUCGGAAAAAGUCAUCUUAUUAAAUGGGGCUUUAAAGCUUUUGCUAUGGUAUGGUAUGUAUUUGCUGGAUAUUUCUAUUAAUGCUUUUUUUGUAAGAAAGUACAUUUAGAUUCCUGUUCAGAGACGUGGAUCUAUCUGUCUGACACUAUUUACAAAAGUUAGUUUGUAUGACUAAACUCAGGUGUCACUCUUUGCUGUCCAGCCCUUUGCUCAACAGUCUGUGCAUAUGACCUAAGUUUUAGGAAUCAGCAAUCGUUUCAAGUUUCUGUAUUCUGCCUGUUGGAGCAGGGUGGGGGAGAUGCGUUGAGGUGGAGUGAAGGCUGCGUUUGGAGUAGUGCUGUGGUUCUGGGCUUUAUUUAGUCGG